GCCGCCCCUGCUGACCCUCGGCGUGAGGCCCGGCCCCGGACCGGCGCUGCCGGGGCUGACGGGGUCCCUGGGGGGCCCCGGCGAUGACCUCGAGGACUACUACUCGACGUCCACUUCCUCCUCGGCGUCGCCCUCGUACGCGCCCUCGUCUUCGGGGCGGCCCCGGGGACGGCCCCGGCACGACUCCUGCUCCUGCUGGGCACCCGAAGGAUCAGAUGCUCGGCGCGCCUCUCGCCGUGCCUCCGCGCGCAGCCCCCCCGGCAGUGGACCUGCAGGGCCUGCGGCCCGCGGCACGGACGCGUGGCGGUGCCUGCUGCUGGCGGGCAGCGCCCUGGUGGCGCUGUCCCUGCUGCUCGCCGCCCUCGGCUCGGCCGACUGGCUGCGCGCCGAGGAGGUGCUCCGCGGCUCGGCGGCCGGCCAGGGCGGCCUGGGGGCCUUCAACGGGACUAGGACCGCCUCCAGGAGGACCGUGUCCGGGCUGUGGACCAUCUGCCAGAGCAGCUCCGCCGCCGAAGAGACGGAGCUGCAGUGCUGCGCCAUCGAAUACUUUUCCCGGGAUCCGUUCGGCCCUGAGCUGCAGGACGCCGUGCUCGCCAUCCCAUACGCCGCCACGCACGCCGCGUCCUUCUUCGUGACGUCGCUCCUGCUGAUGCUGCUGGCGGAGGGCUGCUGGCUCGCCGGUACGGUGCGCGGCCGGGACCGACUGCUCAUCUUCGCGUCCGGGGUGCUCUUUGUGCUCACCUCGCUCGUGCUGCUGGUGGGGCUGGUGGUGUACGUGACCACGCUGCGCGCGGAGGCGGGCGAGCUGGUGCCGCCGCCGCCGCCUGGCCAGCCCCCGCGGCUCAGCCUCGCCUACGGCCCGGGGGUCGCGCUGCUGCUGGGGUCGCUGGCCGCCUCGCUGCUGGCCGGGGCGGCCGCCGUGCUGCUCGCGCUGCACCACGUCAAGGACCGCCUCCUGCUGGACACGAAGACUUGCCGGUCGCCGUGCCCGCGCCACCCGGACGCGCUGGCCUGGCGCGACCUGGACGGCGUGCUGCCCAACGGCCCCGCGUACGUGCCGCCGCCGCAGCUCGGCACGGCCGCGCCGCCGCCGCUGCUCAACCACGUGCGCGGGAGCGUGCGUGAGCGCGGCGAGCGGGAGCACGGCGAGCGGCGGCAGCGGGAGCAGGGCGCGCAGAGCGGCUACCACAGCCUGGAGCGCUUCCAGUACCACAGCCCCAUCAGCGCGUACGGCGACCUCGCGCCCGGCCGCCCACCGCAGCCCAGCCCCAGGCCCAGCCCGCGGCCCAGCCCCCGGCCCAGCCCCGCGCCCUCGCAGCGGAUGCUGCGGGCUUCCUGCUCGUCGCUACCGCUCAAGAGGGACGCCUCCGUGGACCCGCUCGUGUCCGGUGAGGACUGGUCGGCGACGGUGGCGCAGCUGGCGCUCGUGUCCGGCGCCGAGCUGGAGCUAGCGCCCGGGCCGCUCGCCGCGCCCCCCGCGGCCAUGCGCUACAACACCUGGGGCGGCCACGGGCGCGGCCACGGCCAGGGCCUCCACGGCCAGGGCCACGCGCACGUGCACCGGGAGAUGGUGUGGGAGCCGCAGCCGCGGAGGACGACGCCCGUGUAGCCCAGUACGGACUGGCUCAACUCGGAGGGGUUAGUCUAGGGUGGCGCCCGGUCGCGGGGGCGACGGGGGCUCCACAGACCCUAACCUGCGCCCCCGGACGCCCCGCGCCCUGCGCCCACCCUGGUGCUCCUGGACGGUGUGCCCAUUCAACUGUGUUGUCGAGUUUCAAUUCUCUUGUGUGUGUCGUGAGAUGUUAUCGGCGGCACGAGAAAGGGGGAAACCUAGUGGAGCAAAGUAUUAAGAAGUUUCCUCCAAAAAUUCGAAAAUUGAGAGCACAGUUUUGUUUGCACCCCUGGGAGCAGCCCCCGAGCCAGUCCGCCCACCCCUACCCGGGCCUUACCCGGCCCACCCUGCAGUGCCCUCCCUUUCCUCACCGGAAGUAGCAGCACACCGACCGGAAAGUAGCACAGUGCAAAGACUGACCAAUCAAUACUACGGGAUCAAAGCCUAGUGGCGAACUUGUGUUCCCGAUUCCGUUAGCAGUGAGUAGAUCCACCUCCCCCGUACCCCCAACUAACGUGGUGGAUGUCGUUAUUUUGUUAUCUGUUAUCUGUUUUUCGAGCAAUUGUCGACGAGACUGGUAUAGCUAUUAUACACCUAUAAUAUUAUGUUAAAGCGCUGAGCGCAGUUAUCUGUACCGUAAGUUAUUGUAUUACCAAAAUGUCAAUGUAGUACGUAGAGAUAUUUAUUGAAAAAAUGCGGUUGUUUGGGUUCAUGUUUUCUGACGCCCCUAAUACCUAAGUAUUGUUAACCCUACGUUUAUCUAAUUUUAAACAAUACGCUCAAUAGCAACGUGGUCCCGAGGGAACCCGUUUCAAAGUGACCAAAACCUCAGCAAUAAGACAACGACUGUCGCCAACAGUUUUUGUUCAGAUUGAGCCGGAUCCUUGUGUUUCAGCGACGGAAGACGCCUAAUCAUGUUCGCUCCAAUACUGGGCCGUCGCUGUUGCUGGUAGAAAAGAAAUCCAUGACAGGCGCUUUGACAGUGUCUUUGCGGGGGAAGUUCUGGGAACUUGUCAGUCCGACUUGGAAACGUGACAGGCUGGUGAGGCUGGUUGCCUGACUCCCGCAGCUUCCCGCUGCGCGAAGCGUAGACUCCUUCGCCUUCUCAACCCCUUGUCUGAAUUCACCGUUUCGUCUCCUUAAAUUACCCCCCCCCCCUUCUUCAUCACCACUUUCCACUCAAAAUGCGGAGGUACCAGACUAACCGAAUCCCCGCACACAUUAAAAACAUAGCACUGUUGCUGUGUUCGCAAAACACCCCACCCUCCCCCGGUCCGCGUCGGCCCCUUUCUAACUAAAAAUGUUCCCUACAUCGACAGGUAUGAAUCGCUGUUGUUGUUCGUUAGUUGUGGUGGUGCUAUUAUGCCGAGUUCAGGCGCCUUGACUUGUUGUGUUUUUUGUGGGUGACGUAGAAACCUGUCAAACCCUGUCUGUUACCAUAUGAUGAAUGAUGAAUAAAAAGUUAGUCGGUCGAAAUGAGA